AAUAACAAAUAGUUCGUGGAUCUAAAUGAAAUUGUUCCCAAAAAACUUCAAACUCCAGAGAGAACGUGGCGCACCAAAGUGCCACUCCGCAACGCAACGCAACAAGUCACCCCAUUUUCUCUUGUUUACUCUUUUACCCAACAAAGCAACCACUGAAUAACCGGAGCAUCACCGGCGAGCCUCCGCCUCAUCUCUCUAGUUUCGCCGAUCAACAUCACCAGGUGUGAUUCUGUCAUUCUCUCUCUUUGAAUUCCUGUUUACACAUAGCAACUGCUGAUUGGAUCCCCAAACUCCCGAAAACCAAAGAUCCGAUCUGGAUCCGGAUCUCCACACCCCUCAUGCCUCGCAAGCCCACCGCCACCAUCUUCCUAGGGUUUCUCCUCCUCCUUACAUUCUGCCAUGCCGAUCCGGGUUCCAAUUGCCCCAAAACCAGCCCUCUCGUCAACUUGGAAUCGCAAUUCAAAAUGCUCCAGCACCAGCUCAGAGGCUCCGUUAAGAUAAUCGACGAUUGCUCCUUCCAGGUUUCCAAUUUCGACAUGCUCUCCGGCUCCGACGUCCACUGGUGGGGCGCCGUCGCCCCCGAUUUCAAUAAUCUCACCGCCGGCUUCGUAAUCUCCGACCAGAAGCUCAACGAGACAUACAAAAGCGCGAGCUUCACUGUGCGCCUGAGGGACAAUGUCACCUGGAAUCAGAUCCAAGUCCUCGCCGUCUGGGACCUCCCCACCUCCUCCGACUUCGGUCACAUCGUGCUCCGGGAUGUAGUAAACAGAUCGUCCGGCAGCUCCGAUUUGGCUCCUUCUCCGUCGCCGGCGAGCGAUUCAGGGAAUGGGACCGGUCAGGUUCACACUGAGCCGACUAUGUUGGUGAAUUGCAAGAGUUUGUCCGACGAUUUUAGGGUUAGAUGGACACUGCGUCCUGAGGAGAAUGUGAUUGACAUUGGGCUGGAGGCUGCCACCGGGUCGACGAAUUACAUGGCUUUCGGGUGGGCCCGCCCGAAUAUCACACACCAGUUUAUGCUCGGAGCUGACGUGGCCGUCGCCGGAUUCAAGGAGGACGGAAUGCCGUUUGUGGAUGAUUUUUACAUCACAAAGUACAGCGAGUGCACCGUGUACAAGGACGGCUCCGUCAAAGGGGUGUGCCCCGAUACAAGAUACGAAGGGACGGCCCCGAAUGGCUUGGUGAACAAUACCAAAUUGGUUUACGGCCACCGGAGGGACGCCGUGUCGUUUAUUAGGUACCAGAGGCCGUUGGAAUCAGCUGAUAAAAAGUAUGAUUUGGCGGUGAAGCAUACCGAGAAAAGGACGGUGAUUUGGGCCGUGGGGCCGAUCAGGCCACCGGAUACUCUUCAGCCUUACUAUCUUCCCCAAAACCAUGGGGGACCCCAGGAUGUGGUUUAUGGCCAUUUGGAGCUCAAUGUGUCUGAGCAUGUGGAUGACUGUUAUGGUCCUAUAGAGGCCGAUGACAAGGAGGAUCAGCACCUCAUUAUUGCGGAUGCAAAGGCCCCGCUUGUGGUUACUUCCGGCCAGGCAGUGCAUUAUCCAGACCCUCCGAACCCUUCAAAGGUUCUUUACAUUAACAAGAAAGAGGCUCCGGUGUUGAGAGUUGAAAGAGGGGUGCCGGUCACGUUUUCAAUACAAGCUGGGCAUGAUGUUGCUCUCUACAUUACUUCAGAUCCUCUUGGUGGGAAUGCUACACUGAGGAAUGCAAGCGAGACUGUGUAUGCUGGAGGAUCGGAAGCUCAAGGAGUUCAAGCCAGUCCCAAGGAGUUAAUUUGGGCACCAGACAGGAAUACCCCAGACCUAGUGUACUAUCAAUCUCUUUAUGACCAGAAAAUGGGAUGGAAGGUACAGGUGGUUGAUGGGGGUCUGUCAGAUAUGUAUAAUAACAGUGUGAUUUUGGAUGAUCAGCAAGUUACCUUAUUUUGGACACUGGCACAUGAUUCUAUAUCUAUUGCAGUCCGGGGUGAGAAGAAAAGUGGUUUCGUGGCAAUAGGAUUUGGUAGGGGAAUGGUGAACAGCUAUGCUUAUGUGGGUUGGAUUGAUAAUAUUGGCAAAGGGCGGGUAAAUACUUACUGGAUUGAUGGAAAGGAUGCCUCGAGUGUGCAUCCAACACAUGAGAAUUUGACAUACGUGAGGUGCAGGUCAGAAAAUGGGAUCAUUACGUUCGAGUUCACUCGUCCUUUGAAACCAUCAUGUGGUAAGAGUGAUAAGCCCGAGUGUAAAAACAUAAUUGAUCCAACUACUCCUCUUAAAAUUAUAUGGGCAAUGGGUGCUACAUGGACCGAUGAUCAUCUUAGUGAUCAAAACAUGCAUUUUGCCACCAGCAGUAGGCCUAUAAGGGUGCUGCUUAUGCGUGGUUCUGCAGAGGCAGAGCAGGAUUUACAGCCAGUAUUAGCAGUGCAUGGAUUUAUGAUGUUUCUCGCUUGGGCUAUCUUGCUUCCUGGUGGAAUACUGGCGGCUAGAUACUUAAAACAUGUUAAGGGUGAUGGUUGGUACCGGAUUCAUGUAUACUUGCAGUACUCAGGUUUGGUAAUCGUUCUACUUGCCCUUCUUUUUGCCGUUGCUGAGCUCCGUGGUUUCUUUUUCGGCUCAUUACAUGUUAAAUUUGGAACUACGGCUAUACUUUUGGUUUGUAUGCAACCAGUGAAUGCAUACCUAAGGCCAAAGAGACCAAAUAAUGGAGAGCUGGUUUCCUCAAAAAGGCUUCUAUGGGAGUAUCUUCAUGUGAUCGGGGGCAGAUCUGCCAUUGUAGUAGGUUUUGGAGCACUUUUCACAGGACUGAAGCAUUUAGGUGAUAGAUAUGGCGGCGAAAAUGUUGAUGGACUAAAUUUAGCUUUGAUAGUUUGGUUCUUGAUCUGUGCAUUGAUAGUAAUAUAUCUGGAAUACUAUGAAAGGCAAAGAAGGAGGAAUAGAAGUAUCGGCAGAAGCAAUUGGGUGCUGGGGAACCUUGAGGAGGAUGACUCUGUUGAUUUGUUGAGCCCAAAUGGAAUACAUUCAGAGAAAGAAUCACAUACAUCAGGAAGAAUGGAAGUUCAAUUAGAGCCUCUGAACAGAUAGGUAGAUAGAUAGUUAUUCUUUGAUAUGAGCUCCUGCUCUUCACCGAUUUUGAGAGUUUUCUCACAUAUAUGGGGAAUACAAGGCCUGUUUACUUGCUUCAAAGGUCUUUUUGCUUUGUCAAAGGGAGGUUCAUUCGAUGAUCGCCACAUUCAGCUCCAUCCAACCAUUUAUUCUGGAGACUAUUCACCCCAUGACAUGCGCUCUUUGUAUACUUGAUACAUCUUUUUACACAGUGGAAGGUUAUAUCAUAUAUGUUGCCUUUUAUUAUAAAACGUAAGCAGAGUCAGGUUGCGCCGGACGGUAGCUUAGAAUGUUUAGUUUAGAUUUCUGAAAUGCUUUUCAGGCAUUUGAAAGAAGAGUUUCUAGGAUAAAUGGAAGCAGUUUUCCUGUAAAAUAUGAAGCUGCAUAAUACUUUGCAACCUACAUCAGGUGCUUGCUGCUCUUUCUGACCAUGUCGUUUUUCUUCUCUUGCUUUUGAGUCCCCGUUGAGAAAAUAAACAAUUUCGCCUUCGGCAUUUGAUGAAUGCUAAAUUUUGUAUUUUGGGGUUCAAAGGGAGCAAAACUUCAUAUAGUUGAAUUUCUUGAACUUGGAUUCUGGCACUCUGUUAUCCUCGUGUGAUUAAGACCUCAUGUGUAGUCUUGGCCUCUGCAGAGUAAUAACAUCUGAGUUUGGACAUGUUACUAUUAAUUAUGAUAAUGUUUCAGUUGUUCA